CCUGGCCGGGCAGCUUCCGCUGGGGGCGGAAGGGGGACGAUGGAGGGUCAGAGGUCACAGGCAGCAUGGCCGCUGCAGGGGCCCGCCUGGGAGCCCGGGGAGCCGGUGAAGCUGUGGCAGCAGCCCAUGCAUUGUCCCCGCCAGCUGAAGCCUAUGGCAAUGAUCCCAACAUUGAAAUGAUCUGGGCCAUGAAAGCGUAUCAGCACGCUGAAGUCUAUUUUAAUCUUAUUUCCUCUGUUGACCCUAAGUUCCUGAAACUUACAAAAGUUGAUGACCAGAUCUAUGCUGGGUUUAGGAAAAGCUUUGGUGACCUCAAGAUCGAUGUGCUUGACCCAGAGGAGCUCAAAUCGGAACCAGCCAAAGCGAAAUGGCGCCCCUUCUGUAUGCAGUUUGAUGGGGUAGUUGAAGACUUCAACUAUGGCACCCUGCUCCGUCUGGACUGUACUAAGGACUACACGGAAGAGAACACAAUAUUUGUCACCAGGAUCCAGUUCUUUGCUAUUGAAACAGCCCGUAACAGAGAGGGCUAUAACAAUGUCGUUUACAGCCAUGCCACAGAAAUAAAGUCUGUUGCUGUAGAGAGAGGACUAUCUGCAUGAGGACAGGGAUGGAAAUACUUUACUAGCCAUGCAUGGAGAUGGAUAGGAAAGGUGAGGAGGAAGAUUCCCUGGUGCCAGGAGCAUUCAUAUAAAGUGGACUCUUACGCAGGGGAGGGAGAAAGGCAUGUGAAUUCAUGCUGGAGGGGAUAAAGAACAAACAAGACUUGGGCUUCAAUGUGAGAAUUUGUCUGCGGUGCUCUUAUGGCAGCAUUUCUGCUAUGUUAACUACUAAGCGCCCUGUAAAUAAAUGUUACUGUGCUGUAAUGGCUUAAUUCCUGCUACAGGAGGUGGUAGAAAGCUAGAGCUGUAACUGGUCUUAAAUUUGACCUGAGUUCAUGAAAGCAGUGUUAGAAUCUAGCAGAGCAAAUGAUCCUGGACACUCUCCCUCUGGGGAGAGACUAUGUAAAUGCAAACUAUUUUACAGGAUAAAAUACUGACAAAUUUUUACUGAGCUCUUACCUUCAUCUCUAGUAGAUGUUGUUAAAGCUAAUGACAGCCAAGUGCCUGAAUGAGUUUCAGGCACAAAGGGUAGGUUUCACAGAUUGAAGAGCAGGUACUAGGCCCACUGUUGACUUGAUGUGGAACACUCCCCUCCUGGGAUUGGCAACAGAAGGUUGUAUAAUGGCUACUGGUCUCACCUUGGCUGUGGCAGCCUGGGGUUUAAGUCCCUGCUCCAUCAGCAGAUUGCCAUCUAUUGAUUUAGUUUUGCUGUUAAAAUACCUCCAUCCCUAGCAGGGAGACAGUCAUUCUCUCCCUUCCAGGAGAGUGGAGGUGGUGAUCUAAAAAGACACAGCUCAGUAGAAACCAUUGAAGUUUAUUUGCAGUCACAAUGCUUACACUGUAUGCAGCAAACACCCUUACAAGUCAACCAGCAAUCUGCUCACACAGAAAAGGACCCAACACACAAUCGCCAGAGGAAAGAACAAAAAAAAAAAAGUGGGUGG